AUGGAUAAGAGGACCGGAAAGGGUAGGCAAAAAAUUGAAAUGAAACUGGUUGAAGAUAACGAAACACACACCACUACUUUAUCGAAAAGGAAAAAGGGGUUGUUCAAGAAAGCAAAUGAGUAUUCAACUCUAGCCGGAGCAGAUGUAGGUGUUGUGCUUAUUACAGCAAGUGGAAAAUCACAUUCCUAUGGCUCCAUAAGUAUAGAAAAAAUAACAGAUAAGUUUCUUGAAUUGAAACAAGAUGAUCGCCAAAGUGAUCAUGAUGAUGUGGGCAAAUUAGACGUGUUUGAGACAUUUGAAGAUCUUCGCAAAGAAGUACAAGCAUUGAACGAGAAAGAAAAAGAACGAAUACCAGACAAACACAGGUUGGAGCAGCUGGAGGUAAUCAAGCUGCGGUUGGACAAAAUUAAAAAAGGAAAAGAAAAGGUCUUGUUCUAUCCAAGUUAA